CACCUUGAUCUGGAAUGCACCCAGACCCUGGCCUAAAGUCUUAUUUUCCCCAGAAAGUGACGCAUAGCUCUGGGGGUUGUGUCACAUUCCUGUUGGACACCUCCUCGGCUUCGCCAGCCCCCUUCAAGAUCGUACCACGUCUGGCAAAUAAAUUCUGAAAGAUGGCCCCCAGAUGCACGACAUUUGAAGCCAGUCAAUCAGGCAUUCUGAGGCUCUAAGGCUCCUAGAGUCUGAAUCUGUCGAAUAAUAUUGUGGGAGCUUUCUUACGUCCGAAGCAGAAGACUCAACCACAAGAUGGAGAUGCUCCCGCAGCUGGAGCCACGGCUCCUCAUUCAGAUGAGCCCAGCUGAACUUCUCAGCUACUACCGCACUAUCACGGAGACUUGGGCCAUUGAAAAUCAACAACGCAUUGUUGCUCAUAUUAUUGCGCAAAUACAUAGCGGAGCGAUUCCACCGACUAUCUUCAAUGUUUGGCUUCCGUUGAUGCUCCACCGUUCUCCGCCGUUGCUCAAGUCAUUACUUAUAGACCCAAAGUCAUAUUGCAUUCGAAAUAUUGGUUUGAAAUCUCUAUGUCGAACUUUACGCAAAAGACGAUGGAGAAAGCGCGCAUGGGAUGCGGUUGGAGGCGCGGCGGGUCUCUUCGAAGUAUUCCAGGCUGUUGGUUCCAGCCAAGCCAGAAUGCUCGCGAAAAUGAUUGGAAAGAGGAUGAGGAAGAAGCCCGCUUUUGAAGAAGAUAUUGACAUGCUCACCCAAGCUCUCACGUUCAAUUGCUCGGUCUUAGGGGACCGUGUAACCGCGACAAGACGUCUCGCGCCCGACGACGUAUCGCCGCUCCUUCAGGCAUGCAGCGAAUCUUUUCUUCUGCAACUGUUUAUGCGGCCUUAUGACCCCGAUUUUCCUCUCUUCAACUGGCUUGACCUCUUGGCUGAACCUCGAACGGACCUUCUCCGGCGGAUUUCGGUUGGUGCCACACCCGUGGAUACAUCGGUUCGACAAGAGAUAGUGAACCGGUUGCCGAAGAAUCUCUUCUCUUCAAACGAGCCUUACUCUAUCCGGUCAACUUCUGAUUUCCAAAUUUCCGAAUCUGCUCCGCCGGGAUUGCGCUUUUGCUUGGACUUGGUUGAUUGUCUCCGCAGCCAGCCCAUCUCACUCUCAAAUUCUACGGUUUUUGGUUGGGCUCUCACGGCUAUCACAGCUGCUGCUGAUAAAAAAGCGUCAUUUGAUGAUAUCUUGCGGUUAAUCCAAACAGUUACGGAUUUUGCUUCGGAUCGGAAUGAAGGGCUGGGACAAUCGUUGCAUGCAUUCCCUGCACACCUGGCGCAGUUAUGGGCCUUUGCAGAUGAAGCGGCCGGCGACCUUGAUACAAGCAUUAUCAUCUUUGGUCGUCGAAGAACCCGAAGUCACCCUUCUCGACCAAACGCUAAACACAAGCAAACCUUGGAGAAUCUGCUUGUACGCUUUAUUCAGGUUAUUCCGCAGGACAAGCUUACCCCGCUUGAUAUCGCAUCGACAUUUUUGACGCUGGAAAAGAAGGUCGACGGUUCAGCUUUUCCGCUGGGAUCUAAGCUAGGUGUUAUAAAACUUUUAUCUCUACAUUCUCCGGGUAUCCAGAUCGAUUUGGACGCGCUUCCCGCUUCCGAGAAAGAUUGGCGUCGUUUCCGUUGGGGCAUCAAUGUUUUUAACACUCUUCCUGCAAAAGAUGCGAGAUGGCUUUUCUCACAGAUCGAGAGUUUGGGGCUGGUGGAUGACACCAUCCUGUUUUCUGCGUCCGACAGCUCUAAGCCUACUUGGUAUAAGAAAGGAUUGUUAAAAGUAAAAUGGGCAGCAGCAGAUCCAGUACCUGGAAAUGAUCGCUCGACAACAUCUCAAUUUAUUGAGGAGAUCAAAGCGGAGGCCGAGACCCAGCGCGAGAGCGACAUGCGAAGAGAUUGGGCUAUGAGAGCCAUUGAAGGUGCCUGUGAAAGUAAAAGUAUACCGCUUUUCAAGGAAGUCAGCCGUUGGACUUCUAGAUAUUUACGCGAUCCUUUGGUCUAUCGUUAUUUGGUUGACUCCUUGUUUGGUUCGGAGAGUGCAGAUCUCCUAUCAUGUACGAAACUACCCCAUCGGCCGACUUCUCUUACUGCUCUUGCGGAACUUGUACAAGAGGCAAACGCCGUUCUUGCGUAUCAUGUCAACGUUGCAUUGUCAGCUUUGCAAGAGCCAAGUUUCAAAAACCAUCCUUUGCGCAAUCCGAGCACCCAACUCACUGAGGUUGUUUCAAUGCGAAUUGAUGGAGUGAACCAAUUUAGCAAAUUGGGUUUUGCCGAUAAAGAUUCCCUAGUUGAAGUUUUGCUAGAUUCUAUGAUCCCAGUUUUACUGCUGUAUGAAACGAUCGCAGUCACGGAAGGGAAUGAAAUGCUUCACUGGCAUGCCAUGGGAGGUCCUCUCGACGACUUGAACUGUCCCACCCCAACGCCAGGAUAUGCCUUGAGGUUCCUCGACAAAGUAGCUCUCCAACGCGACGAGUUGUGGGCUAAACAGAGACGUAUUAGGCAGCCACAAUCGGCAGCGUUGAAACUUGGCUGGCCAAAGGGCUUGCCGGUUCAGGCGCUUUUGCCAUCUAUUGACUGGGCAUCAGCGGUGUUUAAGGACAAGAGUGCUGCACCAUUUGUGGCAAAGCGGCUUGACGAAAUAUUAUUUUGCAAUUCCAAAACAGUUCUUUCACCGAUUCCUCGAAACACUCGGGGAAUCGGUGGGUUUGUGGAUAGCUUACCUUACGUGAUUACUGCAUUUUGCGCAAGCAAGUCAGAGGUCGAACAGUCUGAGAGGAUAAUUCAGGUUUGGGAACAUUAUACACGCGUCUUUCCCGCACAAAGCAAGUAUACCAGGCACAUCAAGCAAUAUCUUCUUGAAAAAUACGCUUGCGCAAAGCCAAGACCUCGAAAAGCGGUGCAAAUACUGGAUCCGCUGAUAUUGGGUGCGCUGCCUCGAUUGGAGAAUUCUGCUGCUUCUGAACCGUCGGAAUGGAAUCCUUACCCUGCCAUUUUGGACGCUGCGUCAGAUAUUGAGAUGGACGAUGAGGGUCCGGCCACUCUGCUUGAAUGCCGGUUGUCGACAUAUUGGUUCUUUCAUAUUACCAAUGAUUUUUACGCUACAUUUGAAGAACCCACUACAGAUAUAGAGGAACCGAAGCCAUGCGCACUAGAUAUAUGGCAGCCCAAGUGCAAUUUUUGUGACCUUUCUUUGGUGGACAAGGAAAUUAUUAUUGUAUCCGCUAUGCUAUUUUUGGACACUCUUGGAGGUGAAUCUUCAGGCAUAUUCUCUACGUCAUUCCCCGAAAAUAGCGGUUCCCCACGUUAUCCGCCUUUAUACCUGGAUUACGACUUCCUUUCGUCUAUCGAAAAUGAGUCAGAGGCCGUCACGGCUGCGUUGAGUAUUCUGAACAAGCUGAGACACAUGAUACCAGCUGAGCUGCUUUGCAAGCUUUCGGCUUCGUUGCUGAAAAAGCUCCCGCAGGUGAAGAGUAAACUUUGGCUUGUCGAAAGAGCGGCAUUCGACUUGAUCAAGUUGGUUGGCAAAGCCGAUCAACCAGAGCUGGCAGUUGAUCUUAGUUUACACGUUAUCGAGCACAUGCCGGGUGCGUCGUCAUGGCAUCGAGAUGUCGUCUCCUUGGGCUUGAUACAGCGUUUGGAUUUUGCGGUUGCAGAAUGCAUGUUGGCCAAGUUCGCGUCGGUGGUGCUCGAAUUUUUGGCGAGAACACCGGAGAACGACCUUGUUGCGGAGGAAGAUCUUGACGACGCUAUCCUCUGCGAUGAAAUCGAACACCGAGUUGCUCCCUCGGAUACGGAACUGGGUAAGAAACCAGAACACAUUAAGAUCUCGACGAUCAAACUGCUAGCGAGGCUGAUUGGAGAUGGCGGGUUCUUCUCAAGCAAAACUGCUCUCCAUACUCUUCAGUCACUGUUUCAUGCUAGCCAUCACAUUGACGUGCGAGAUGCUGUGAUCACCGCGUUAUUCCAAUUGUUGCGCAAGAGCACGGGUUUGGACGGUAACCUAUCUGAUGAAGUGUAUGGCAUAGUUACAUCGUUUUAUACCGCUGCAGCUGCGCCUAGUGAACGGAUAACUCUUUCCGAGGCGGACUGGGAAAAUGCUGAAAAGAGUGGUCCUCUUCCAAGCGUCAACGAAAACCGACCGUUGCUUCAGCUAUUCAUAGAAAGAGCCCGUCAUAGUAUUCCGCACAAUCUACGUGAAGACUAUGUUAAGAAUACUAUCCUACCCCUCCUGGCCGAGUCCACAAGAAAGCAUAACCGCUGGAUACGAAUGUUUCUCAAGAAGGUUGGAUUGUCAGAAGCGUCCAUUCCGAUUUCUAACUUUGGCCCGUUUGACAACGAGGUGGAAGACAAGGUUUUCGUGAACUGGCUACCAUAUCUUCAGAAAGAUUAUCUCCUCCUUCACCGCGCAUGGGCGUUGCGUUACAUGGAUUGCUGCAAGGUUACUUUUGUGGAGGAAAAGUUGACCGCUCAAGACCCCAACUGGAAAUAUACAGACUCCGGUGGACACUGGUCCAGAUUCAUGGAGAACUACAGCACUUGCAAGGUAUUCAACGCAGGUCAAAUUGCUCCAAAGGUGGGGGAUGGCAUCACACAAGGUGAUUUGGCAAAUGAGGUAUAUCAACGAUGCCAAAUAGUUCUCCACAAUCCAAUCCAUAUUGGAAAUGACAGGAAAGCCCACCUGUCCCUGGCGCCAAUUCGGGCCCUGAUCCACAACCUAUUUUCCUCGUUACAAAAUAGCGUAUCCCGGGAAUUGGCGGCUCGGCAGGUACUUGCAGGCAUCGCGGCUGAGGUGGAUAGGCUUCGCACACAGUCUUGGCUGGGUGAUCCCAAUCGGCAUCCAGCAAUCCUUCCGUCUUGCAUGGAGAUCCAGGCUCUUCUACUUCCGUUCCCGCAUCUUGAAGAAUCAUCGCAAGAUCGUUAUGAUACAUUCGCCGGUUGCGUUUUCGAGUUGAUUUCUAACUGCACCCUGUCUUCAUCUUUCAUCGAUGAUUUUAGGCAUCUGGAAAAGGCAAUGGCCAAGGUCCGCACGAAGGACAAGCUUGCCUGCGCUUUACGACUAGGUCGACUUUCCGGCGACGCAUGUGGUGAGCUGGUUCAAAAUCUUCGAAUUCAGCUAGCCGCAGAGCUGUUGGAUGGACUCAAUGUGGCGGCCGUGGCACAGAGUGAGGAAGCCAAAUUUAUGGUGCAGGCUUGGACGGGUAGCUCGAACGAAUGGGUACGAACCACGGCAUGGCAGCUGAACGAGAGGUUCGGGUAUCGAAAUCCAGCGGCUUCGGCAAGUCAUCGCAAACUCCAUGAUGGCCCUCUAGAUAUUACACAAACAGAGCAAACAAAACAUGUCACUUACAUAAGCUGCCCCUCCCACGUGAUCAUCCCCUCUGCAUGGUCCGUGCGCGCCCCGCAGUCCGGAGCCGCAGCCCGCCCGGCAGGCGCAUCGCCGACCGCCGUCGUUCGCAACGUUGCUCAAAGCCAAGCAGCUCUGGCAGGCGAGCACGCGAUGUCUUCCUGGACGGCAGUCCCGCCACUCCUCAACACCCGCCAAUCCAACUCCUGGGCCUCGUCCUUGCGACAGCCCUCGACCACUGAAUCAGGCUCUGCUCAGACAGCAAAAACGAGCAACGCUUGA